AAAAAAACUUUAGGUCAUGGCAGGGUCCCGCAAGAUAGAUCUAGCAGAGGCCAUGGCCUUAGGCCCUGGCUGGAGGCACUUGUGUUUUGUGAUGCUCUAUGCACCUGACCCCAGGAUGUUCUUCGGCUGCAUCCUGCUGCGGUUUGCUGUGCUGAUGCAGAUGCAGUUCGAUGGGUGCCUGGGCUUCCCAGGUAGCUUCGUGGACUCCCAAAACAGCACCCUGGAGAAUGGACUGAACAGAGAGCUGCUGGCAAAGCUGGGCGAGGGGGUCUCCGCCUUCAGCGUGGAGUGCACAGACUACCGCAGCUCACAUGCAGGGGACAACCCACACAUUGUGGCUCACUUCUAUGCCAAACGACUGAUGCUAGAGCAGCUGGAAGGUGUGAAAGCUGGAGCACCAAGAGCCCAGGAUCACGGGCUGGAAGUGCUGGGCCUGAUUCGGGUGCCCCUGUACACCCUGCGGGAUGGUGUGGGAGGCCUCCCUGCCUUUCUGGAAAAUUCCUUCAUUGGUGCUGCCUGGGAACAACUACUGAAAGCCCUCCAGGACUUGGAACUCUUCGAACUUGGCUCUGUCUUGAGUUUUGAAACUCAUAGCUAUAGGCAACAUUCUGCAAACUCAUGGAACCUGAAAUGAGUUCAUUUCAGGUUUGAUACUGGGAGGGAGGAAGGGAAAAGGAAGGGCUUUCUUAUCUGGGCUGGAGAAAUGACAGAUAAUACCAGAUUAAAAGAUGGAAAUGUGUUCAUUCAUGUGAUGGUUAAUCCUGACAUGUCAACUUGAUUGGUGUAAGAAAUGCCUAGUAGAAUUGCAAAGCACACUUUUGGGUAGUCUGGGUGGGUCAUGGAAGUAUGACUUUGGGUACUACAUAUGGUCCCUGGCCCCUUCUUCUCUGGUACUCUUCCCCUGCUCUGUCAUGAACUAAGCAGCUUUGCUCUUCAUGCCCAUCCUUGAUAUCCCUGCCUUGGAGCCAGCUGAGCCCAGACUGAAGCCCACAAAACUCUCAGCGCAAACAAACCUUUCAUCAUUUAAGUUGUGGAU